UUUUAGCUACUAAUAUUGCAUUAUCUAUUAUUUUUUACUCUUUUUGAUUAUUUUUCUUACCUUGCUCGCUUUUCAAAUUCCAAGUGUAUAUUACUUGAAUGCUACGCUUGCCCUCAGCCAGAAACGCGGUCAUUUCAAAUGGGCGUCGCAGUUGCCCCUUUCCAAUUGGCAACCUUGCCCUGACACUGACACAGAAACCAGCAACCAACUCGAAACGCGUAUCUCACUACAGCACCAGAUGUGCGGACGAAAAUGGCGCGCACUUGCCUGGUAUCAAAGAUGCAAUCGAGUCCAACCCGUAUCUGCGGCAUCUGAGCUCUCGUUACGACAUGGCGCGGAAACUUUGCAUGGAAGACAGCGAACGAUUUACCACAACGCACGCGCACCAGCGGUUCCAGCCCUCGAGCCAAGAUAUAUUCCCAAACACCGAGCUUCGGCUGAGCAAAGUGCGCACGUACGGCUUUGACUACGACUACACGCUUGCUCGGUACACGGACAAGCUGCCGGAAACCAUUUACACGAUGAUCCGCGACGUGCUAGUGAACAAGCUGCUUUACCCUCCGGCGUUGAAGGCAUUGAAGUACGACAGCACAUUUGCGAUCCGUGGUAUCUCGUACGAUAAGGAGACCGGAUGGCUGUUUAAGUUGGACUCCAAUUAUAACAUUGCGAUGGACACGAUCCACUAUGGACGCGAGCCGCUGCGCGAUCUGGAGGAGGUCUAUACCUUGCACAAUGGGCCACAUGUGGCACCAGCUUAUGUGAAGGGUCAGCUCAACCAGCUGAACGAUCUAUACAGCAUUCCAGAGGCGACUAUGCUGGCGGAUAUAAUUCAGUACUUCACGGAGCACAACAUUCCGUUCCAUCCGCGGUACCUGGCCGAGGACAUCCGCACGGCGGGGGAGUAUAUUCACAAGGGUGAUGGCAUUAGCCUGAGCCCUUUGCACAAGACGAUUAUGAGCAACAUUGGCGACUAUCUGGAGCGCGCGCCCGAGCUGCUACAGAUCCUGGAGUCACUCAAACGCGAGGGCAAAAGGCUGUUUUUGCUGACCAACAGCGGCUACGACUAUGUCAACACAGGGCUAACAUACCUGUUUAACACGAAAGACUGGCGUGAUGUCUUUGACGUGGUCAUAGUCGGUGCGCGCAAGCCCAGCUGGUACAUGUCACACCGGCCAUUCCGUCUUGUGCCGACCGGUCGCGGGGGCACUAGUGUGAAACCCUGGGCUCUGGUGGAUCACUUUGAGGACGGGCAGGUCUACUCUGGCGGCAACCUCAUGUCAUUCACAAGCAUUACGGGGUAUUCCGACCGCAACGUCAUGUACUUUGGCGACCACCUCUACUCUGAUCUCCGCGACCCCUCGAUCCAAAAGGGAUGGAUGACCGGCGCAAUUGUAAGCGAGCUCAAGCACGAGCUUUCGGUCAUUCACACGCCCGAAUACCGCCAGUGCGUGUCGUACAUUCAGCUGAUUGAGAAAAUACUGAAGCACUCGCAGCAGGAAACGCGCAGUCCCGAGUUUAUGCGGCUGCCAGCGGAGGAGAAGGAGCGAUUUAGGCAACUCCUGGAUGUUGGUCGCUUGGAGCGUCGCCGGACGAGGUGGCGGCUGCGUGACUCGUUCAAUACUAACUUUGGCAGUGUUUUUAGGACUGAAAAGUACCCCAGCUUGUUUGCUACCAAGAUCAAGUCCUUUGCCAACGUGUAUACCGCCGAUUUGUCAAACCUGGGCGCGUAUACGUCAGAUUUCAUUUUUUACCCUAAACGCAUUACCCAGGCGCACGAGUCGCGCCUGCCCGAAGUUGACGAUUUGCUGGAGGAUAUUCUGAACAGUUAGCUGCUUUUUAAUUUGAAAAUUGGCCUGUUUGCACUUUGAAUGCAAAGUAUAUGAAGGUUGUUGAUGACUUUAUUAAAUAAAAGACCAAGCCAUGAAUAGAAAUAAAAAUAAAUAAUACAUGAGAAAUUCGCAUUUUCAUCGAAAACAGUAAUAGAUAUAUAAAGCUG